CCCUUCUACAAAUCCUUUUCUGACGCGCCUCAAGCCUUCGACAAAGAGGCCAAAAGAGUAGCAGCAAACUUCAAAAGGGCCCGAAAAAUUGGACUCCAAAUCCAGAAAAGAAGAGUCUCGAGGGCCCAACUGGCCCACGAGCUGCUGCAGGGAAGAGUUGCUGUUGUGCUGCUGGACGGGGGCCGUUUGGGGGCGCGGGAGCUGCGCGCAGUGCCCCGCACCCAGUACGACGGUUGGCGAGAGUAA